AUGGAAGAUAAGGCGUCGUUAAAGGAACUCGAUCAAUGGAUAGAACAACUAAAUGAAUGCAAGCAAUUGACAGAAAACCAAGUGAAAACGUUAUGCGAUAAGGCAAAAGAAAUUCUAACGAAAGAGUCGAAUGUCCAAGAAGUGAAAUGUCCAGUGACCGUGUGUGGAGACGUCCAUGGGCAGUUCCACGACCUCAUGGAGCUGUUCCGCAUCGGUGGCCGAUCUCCCGACACCAACUACCUGUUCAUGGGUGACUACGUUGACCGCGGUUACUAUAGUGUGGAGACAGUAACAUUGCUCGUUGCACUUAAGGUUAGAUACCGUGAGAGAAUAACGAUCCUCCGAGGUAACCACGAGUCCCGCCAGAUCACACAAGUGUACGGGUUCUACGACGAAUGCCUCCGCAAAUACGGCAACGCGUCCGUCUGGAAGCACUUCACGGAUCUAUUCGACUUCCUGCCGCUGACGGCCCUAGUGGACAGCCAGAUAUUCUGCCUGCACGGGGGGCUCAGCCCGUCUAUAGACACCUUGGACCACAUUCGCGCGCUCGACCGCGUGCAGGAGGUGCCCCACGAAGGACCCAUGUGCGAUCUCCUCUGGAGUGACCCUGAUGAUAGAGGCGGAUGGGGUAUAUCGCCGCGAGGCGCCGGCUACACCUUCGGCCAGGAUAUCUCGGAGACCUUCAACCACAGCAAUGGGCUGACGUUAGUAUCGCGCGCUCACCAACUCGUCAUGGAGGGCUACAAUUGGUGCCACGACCGCAACGUGGUCACCAUCUUCUCAGCGCCCAACUACUGCUACAGAUGCGGCAACCAAGCCGCUAUUAUGGAAUUGGAUGAUGCGCUUAAGUACUCGUUCCUGCAGCUACUACGGAGCCGUAUUCCCAGCAAAACUGGAUCAAGAUCGCCGCCCAGCUCCGCCACAUACACCUGCGCGCGCGCAUCCUUACCGUCAUCCUAA